UGACGUCUAAUCUAGUGGACGGGCCGCUUCUUUAUUAACAACAGCUUGUUGAGCUAUCUCGGUAGCUUGCUAGGCAACAUAGCCGAAACAUUGGAGCUCUUUAGACGCGUUCAGUGUAUAUUUUUCUGUGUUUUAAAACAUACUUCUUUCGUAUAGCUAGUUGCCCCAUUUAAUUUCAUAUGUACGUUGUAAAUCGGGUAGCUAGCUGGCUGGAUAAAUUAGAUUAGCUCCAGGCUAGUCGUUAAUGCUAACCCGCUAGCUAGCUAACAUCCCAGACCAUGAGUUCACUAAGCUACUCUCCUCCUGUUAAAGAAGAGGAGGUCUGCUGGACGGAGAAAGAAGCUCUGGGGAUGAACAUUGUCAUGAAAGAAGAAGAGGAUGUUAAAGUAAAAGGAGAGGAAGAAGCUUUCAGAAUGAAAAAGGAGGAAGAGGAGGCUAUCAGUAUCACAUUGAAAGAAGAGGAUGAUGUUACAGUGAAAGAAGAGGGAGAACAUUUUAGAGUGGAAGAUGAAGAGGGGAUAGAGACUGUCACAUUGAAAGAGGAGGAUGAUGUUACAGUGAAAGAAGAGGGAGAACAUUUUAGAGUGGAAGAUGAAGAGGGGAUAGAGAUUGUCACAGUGGAAGAAGAGAAAGAACCCUUUGUAGUGGCAGAGGAGGCUAUCUUAAGAAAAGAGGAGGAAGAAGUUUUGGGAGAUGAAGAGGAAGGAGAGGAGACUGAAGAUCUGAUUAACACCAGAGAGAGACCAGACUCCCACUCUGACAGCAGGAAGAGUCCUUCAGGGGAACCAGACCCAGUGACACCCAAACCAGCGAGACCACACCACUGCUCCCACUGUGGAAAGAGUUUUAGUUGGUUAGGGUACCUAAAACAGCACGAGAGAAAACACACAGGAGAAAAGCCUUUCCAAUGUUCCCAGUGUGGAAAGAGAUUUACCUGGUUAGGAAGCCUAAGGGAGCAUAAGAGAAUACACUCUGGAGAGAAACCGUUCCACUGUUCCCAGUGUGGAAUGACUUUCGCCUGGUUAGGGAGCCUGAAAACCCAUGAGAGUUCACACACAGGGGAAAAACCUUUCCAAUGUUCCCAGUGUGGAAAGCGUUUUACCCAGUUAGGGAGGCUGAAGGAGCAUGAGAAGAUACACACAGGGGAAAAGCCUUUCCAAUGCUCCCUGUGCGGAAAGAGUUUUACCAAGUUAGGGGCUCUGAAGGAGCAUGAGAAGAUACACACAAGGGGAAAGCCUUUCCAAUGCUCCCUUUGUGGAAAGAAUUUUACCCGCUUAGGGAACCUAAAAGAGCAUGAGACAAAACACACACAAGAAAAGCCCUACCAAUGCUCCCUGUGCGGAAAGAGUUUUACCAAGUUAGGGGCCCUGAAUAGGCAUGACAGGACACACACAGGAGGGGAUAAGACGUACUACUGCUCCCUGUGUGGAAAGACAUUUAACCGAUUAAGACAUCUGAAUAAGCAUGAAAGAAUACAUAGACAGGAGGAGAAGACAUACCACUGCUCUCAGUGUGGAAAGACAUUUUCUCAGUCAGAGGACCUGAAAUCACAUGAGAGAAUAGAGAGACUGUGUUCCGACUUAAGUUUUUGACUGAGAAUUUGUGUUUUUGUUCAUGCCAAAUGAAAUCAUUUUGUUUAUAUGAAAUCAUAAAAAAUAUGCCAACUUAAAAAUAAAAAAAAGUGUAUCUGGAGACCUGAUCUAAAAUCAGAUUAAACACUAUUUGUAUUUUGUUUUGAUUAUGAACUUUAAUGGAUACAACUAUAAACACUCUGUUGUUCAUUAUAAUUGGGGGAUAUUAUUAUAUAGAUUAAUGGAGUUUUGGAUUUCUUGAUUCUAACCUUAAACCUCUGGGAUUUGAUGUGAUCUGGCUUUUCACUAAAUUAAUUUGAUUGAAUACAUGAUUUAGUUAUUGCACCAUGUAAAUUAUGGAAUAAAUUAAUAGAAUGAGCAUUUCUUGAUUUUGAACAUUGAAACCUCUUGAAUUGAGUCGUUUUUUUCAUUGAGUUAAUAUGUUUACUAGUCGUCAAGAUAAAGGACGAUGAAAAUGUGAUGGCGUUUUUAUAACAACAUUGAUGAGUUGUUGACAUGAAAAACAUGAAUGUUCCCAUCCACUAUGUAGAAGCAGUAUAGAGCUAGUUGUUAAUUUGAUAUUAUCUGUUGACUGAAUGAAUCAGAAUUGGCAUAGAAUACAGAUGUGUAGUAGAUGUGAAGUUUAUAUACAAAUUCUCACUCAUCAAAAGUUCAUUGAUGAACCAAAGCUUCUCUUUGUAAGUCUCAAUAUAAUAUUAAACUUUUGAAAGAAACUUUGUCUGAAAAUCAAAUAUUUUCCUCAACUGAGUUACCCACUCCAGACAAAAGAUGGCGAUGUU